UGAACGAAUUCCAAGAUGGCGGGUGUUGAAAUCGGAGCGACCGCCGAUGCGCAUGAUGGCCUAACCACCGAAUGCAUAACUUUAGAUAUUAAUGACACACCAUCUGAAGUACAUGCCAUAAAGUCAUUUCUCAUGGAGAAAGCUCAACAGACAUCAGAAGAAUUUGUCAAAGAAUUAGAAGGUCGCGGCUUGGAAAAGAAUUCAAGUGGUGGCGUUACUGAGGGAGAGACCGAGCAUAAGACAGAAUCCAAAGAAAAAGUUUCCCCUCCCCAACUCCUGCGGAGUGUGCUCCAAGAUCUUGUUUGGUGCAACAUCCACAUCACAAAAUGUGUUUCUGAAUUAGAAUCAGUUGUUAAUUUCUACAACACCUAUCACGUGCAUAGAAACCAACUGCUCAUUGCUCAUGCCCGUAUUUUUGAAUCGUUUGUCGCAAAGAUUGUCAACGGGCCGUCCAACUCCAAGGACAGAAAAUACAUGCCGCUCGUGCUGGCCUACGCCUAUGCUCAGGCUUCAGAAAUGCGUCACACCUUUUGGAUACCACGUGGGGUCGCUUAUUGCAGCACCCCUGUCCUGAGAUUGUUCUACAAUGCUGCUGUUUCCGUCCUAGCAGCAGUUGACAAGAAAACGCUGGUCGAGCCAACAACGGCGAAGAUGAUCGCUAGAAAUGCAUUCUACUGUUCUCGCGUAGACUUCCUAAAAUGUCUGGGAGAUGACCCAUGUGGAGAGUCAUCUGGUGAAAGUUCGGAAGAUUCUGACAGUGACAUCGACGAAGAAGCACUCGUAAAACGAUUCAAAGAUGGAAUCACUUUAGUCGAUGGUGAAUUGAAAACGUUAUCCAGCCCACGUGAUGACCCUAACACAGACACCCCUGCUUCAAAUGAUACUGAUCAAAGUGCGCCUGUGGUGGAUCCACACGGCAAAGGUGAUGAGUCAAAGCCGAGUGAAACUAUUAAAGACAUUCUUGAUGAACUCAUCAAUCAGGCUGCCGAAAAAUGUAAUAAUACAGAGAAUGACAAGGUCUUUCCACAAGCUGGUGAUGCGCAGGGAUCUCUACUUCCCAAAAAACUGAUGGAGCCAAUAGAUUGUGCAUCAGUAGACGUCCCAAAUAAAUCAAAAGAGGUAAAGGCCGGAGAUGUUGAGAUAGCACCAACUGAAGAGCUAGAAAUAACAGGUGAAUUUCCCAACGGAGAUGAAUCACUCAAUGAUAAUACCAACGAGGAAAGAUCCGUUUCUGAUGGACUAUGUGUAGUUGGAAAGGCUAUAACUUCAGAGGCCUUAGAGAGAAAGCCUGGAUUUACGCAUCUUGUUGUUGAUAUGAAAGAGGAUGAGGAGCCUAGCGAGGAAAACGCCCCAAAUGACCUCCUCGCUGGAUUAAAGAGUAAUGGACGUCUAAAUGACAUCACUGAACUCUACACGAGACUACUUGCCACGGACGACAAUCCAUUGAUGGGCGACAUCGUAUCUCAGAUGAUAAAUCAGGAAACACAAUCCUUUGAAAACCUCUAUCAAAUAUUCGAACAAGACGAAGGUUAUCACAGAUUCUUCCUUGGCGAAGAAGACGAAUUGAAAUGUCCAAGAAUGCAUGAGCACCUCAACAUGUCCCCAGCAGAACUUGCCCAAGUGCUCAAUGGUGCUAUUUAUAAUCACAUUAUGGAGCUUCUUGAGCAAGAAGAUGCUUUCCUUGAUGAAAUAAUGUACAAGAUUCUACCAAGCUUUCUGGAGACCAAAAAAAUCCCUGACAAUUUCGCCGAGUUAGAAAAACGUUAUGGAGACCAUCAAUUUUUCGUGACCUACAUGGUUGAGCUCUGUAAACAGCUCACGGAUGCGAUUGAAGGAGAAUUCUGGUCUGAAAAUGUUCCAGAUUCCACAGAGAAUGAAGAGGGUAAAAGGUCAGCGGAGAAGGGAGAGACCAAGGACAAUGCGAGUGAUGAAAGCAAUGACUCUGAUAAUGACAAGGCAGAGAGCAAGGACAAAGAUGAUAUUAUAGGGGCAGCCAACACCGUCCUUGAGAAUCCAUCUACAAGUGUCUGAAAAGCAGAAUGGUCCUUAUACACCUGGCAGAUACAGUCCAUAGUCCUAAAGUUGCGUUGUGAUUAAAAGUUCAACUCUUGUAUCACUCAAAAUUAAAAAGUUAAAUUAAGUACAGUAAACGAAGGGUGAGCCAGUGGACACA